AUGCUGAAGAAGCUUCAAAGUUGGCGCCUCAAACUUUGGCAAGGGGAGUGGAAAGAUAAAUGGCCGUCGUAUGGAGCAGAGGACCUCGUUAGCAAUAACGACCUAGAAGAAAUUGUGCAGCGAGCUCAAUCAAUCUCGGUCGUUGAUGACCUUGAUUCUAUUGCUCAAAUUCCUCACCUCGACGAUCUAGGCGACGCACUCCUGCAAGCAGUCAAGGACAUCCUUUUUGAAGUAACUGGUGUUCGUGUUGAACAUGUUGCAGCUAAUCCCAAUACCGAAGUGCCUCAUCCUCACGACUAG